AUGAAACAACUCUCUCUCCUUAUCCUCUUGUCUCUAGAACUUAAAAGCUUACUGAUCAAUAUCCUCACAGACUGGAAACCCAUUCUCUUCAUUAUGUUCCUGGUCGUGGUCCUAUUCCUUUACCUGCAGAUGUUUUACUCAUUGAUGAGUCCGGCGCCGGUAUACCUUGUGGACUUCUCAUGCCUAAAGCCACCCAACUCUUGUAGGGUUCCUUUCUCCAAGUUCGUGGAACAUACUCGCAUGUUUGACUUCCUCGACCAAAACGACGCCGAUUUCAUGUCCAAUGUUUUAUACUCCUCCGGCCAGGGUGAAGAGACGUCUCUACCUCCGGCGAUUCACUAUAUCCCGCCGCUCUCAAACCAUAAGGACGCAGUCGAUGAGGUGCACAUGGUUCUGUUUCCGGUCUUUCAAGAUCUUCUCUCUAAGACCAAACUGCUGCCUAAAGACAUCCACAUUUUGAUUGUCAAUUGCAGCGGAUUCUGCCCUUCUCCUUCUCUCUCCUCGAUCAUCAUCAACAGGUUCAAGAUGACCGAGAGCAUCAAAGCUUUCACUAUCAGCGGCAUGGGAUGCAGUGGCAGCGCCCUAGCCGUAGACAUGGCCAGCAAUCUCCUCAAAGUUCACAAAAACUCAAACGCCGUUGUCCUAAGCACCGAGAUUUUAUCCACCGGCUGGUACGCCGGAAAAGAAAGACCCAUGAUGGUCCUCAAUUGCGUCUUCCGAAUGGGGGCCGCCGCCAUUUUCCUUUCCAACAAGAAACAAUUCAAUCAAACAUCCAAAUACAAACUACGACUGAGCCUCAGAUCCCAACGUGCCUUCGAUGACAAAGCCUAUUACUCUGCUUACCGACAAGAAGAUUCAAAUGGGUUCACAGGAGUUGCUCUCCGCCGUGAACUCUUGCUCGUCGCCGGAGAAACCCUUCGGUCCAACAUUACCCUUCUGGGUUCUUCAAUCUUGCCGUUCACUGAGAUUUUUAGGUAUGGAUUGUCGGUAUUCUGGAAAAGAAUAGUUGACAAGUCGGUGGAUAUUUAUGUGCCGGAUUUCAGAUCGGCGAUACAGCAUUUCUGCCUUCCGGUCUCCGGGAGACCGGUGAUAAAGGAAGUGGCGAAAGGGUUGAAUCUUGGAGAGAAAGAAACAGAGGCUGCAAUGUCGACGCUUCACAGAUUCGGGAAUCAAUCGUCUUCAUCGUUGUGGUAUGAGUUGGCUUAUUUGGAAGGGAAGGACAAAGUGCUUAAGGGACAUAAGGUGUGGCAACUUGGGAUGGGAAGUGGGCCUAAAUGUACAAGUUUGGUCUGGGAGUGUCUUAGGCCCAUAACUGAUGAGGCCCAAAAGGGCCCAUGGGCCGAAUGUAUUGAUCGAUAUCCUGCACAAGCCCAUUUGUAUUCAUAA